CCCCCCUUCUCCCCCCGCUUACGAGUCAUGAUGGCGGAACUGUAGGCGUUCGGGACGAGCAGGAGUGCACCGCCCGCCCUCGCUUCGCUACUGUAUAUAGUUAUUUAUUAAUUCAGUCAACUUUUUUUUUUACAUGUCCCCGCCAUGACUCGCUGGAUUCCCACUAAAAAAGAGAAGUAUGGAGUCGCAAUCUACAAUUACGAUCCCAGUGGUGAGCACGAGCUGUGUCUACAGGUGGGGGACACGGUGCACAUACUUGAGAAGCUGGAAGGCUGGUAUAGGGGCUACAAGUUACGCAAGAAAUCACAGAAGGGCAUUUUCCCCGUUUCCUACGUCCACCUAAAGGAGGCGGUGGUUGAGGGAAUAGGCCAACAGGAAAUAGUUAUUCCAGCAGAUUUACCCCUGGUACAGGAGAUCGGAGCCACUCUGAGGGAAUGGGCACAGAUAUGGCACAAGCUCUUCGUGGCAAACAAGACAACUCAGUUCAGGAGUGUACAGCAGAUGGCUUACAGCCUCAUCGAAUAUCGAUCUCAGAUAGUGUCAGGAACGCUGCCCAAGGAUGACCUUGAAGAGCUCAAACAGAAAGUGACAGCGAAGAUUGAUUAUGGAAACCGGAUUCUGGGCUUGGACCUGGUGGUACGAGAUGACGCAGGAAACACGCUGGAUCCUGACCGUACCACUACAGUCAGCUUGUUCAGAGCACACGAGAGCGCUUCCCGCAGCGUUGAUGAUAGGAUUCAAGAAGAAAAGAUGAGGCUACAAAACCUGGAAAUGAGGCGUCAGUCCCUGAUUAGUACUGUGCACACGUAUAGUGUCUUCAUGAACUUGAGGAACUUUGUAUGUAACGUUGGAGAAGAUGCUGAGUUGCUCAUGUCUCUGUAUGACCCUGACCAGUCUGAGUUCAUCAGUGAGAACUUCCUGGUGCGCUGGGACAGUACGGGCAUGCCUAAAGAAAUUGAAAAACUCAACAACCUGCCAGCGUUAUUCACGGACCUGAGCAGCAGCGACUUGAUGAGGCAGCGACUCUAUCUGGUGUGUCAGAUCAUCAGAGUAGGCAGCAUGGAGCUCAAAGAGGGCAAGAAGCACACCUGCGGACUGAGGAGGCCGUUUGGUGUGGCUGUGAUGGACAUUACAGAUGUCAUUAAUGGCAAAACAGAAGAGGACAAACAACAUUUCAUCCCCUUUCAUCAGAUAGCCAUGGAAACCUACAUCCGUCAGAGGCAGCUCAUCAUGUCUCCACUCAUGCCCUCUCGAGUCACGGGAGAGAAUGAACCACUCACCGCCGUCUUCAACAAAGUCAUUGCCACACGGGAUGUCAAUUCUAAAGGCCAGGGGCUGUUUGUGACUCUGAAGCUCCUCCCAGGGGAUCUUGCCCAAGUCAGGAAGGACUACUCGCAUUUUGUGGACCGCAGCACAGCCAUCGUCCAGAAAAUGGGAUUUCCAGAAAUCAUCCUUCCAGGAAAUGUGAGGAAUGAUUUUUACAUAACCCUGCUGCAGGGGGAGUUUGACCGUGGUAAAAAGAAGACCCCCAAAAAUGUGGAGGUCAUACUGAGUGUCCAUGACGAUGAAGGCAAUCCCAUGGAGAAAGCCGUAUUUCCUGGGGCUGGUUGUGAUGGCAUCACAGAGUACAAGUCUGUAAUUUACUACCAGGUGAAGCAGCCUUGUUGGAAUGAAACUGUGAAGGUGACAAUCCCAAUUGAAGAUGUAUGUCGCUGUCACCUGAGGGUGAUGUUUCGACACAGAUCUUCCCAGGACAAUAGGGACAAGUCAGAGAAGCCCUUUGGUAUGGCCUUUGUCCGGCUCAUGAGAGGAGAUGGCACCACGCUAAAAGAUGGCAGGCAUGAACUUAUCGUCUAUAAGGUUGACGUGAAAAAAGCUGAGGAUGCAAAGGUUUAUCUCACCUUACCUGCAACCUGGGCUGAAGUGGAGGAGAAGGAGAAGCAAACAGGGAAGCAGUUCCACCAUUCAGGAGUGAUUCCUGUGACUAAAGACAGCUUCCAGAUUGCGACGCUUACCUGCUCCACUAAACUCACUCAGAACGUGGAUCUACUUGGCCUCUUGAACUGGAGGUCAAACAGUGCAGGUUUGGACCAGAUCCUGCAGAGGCUGAUGGAGGUCGAAGGAGGGGAGAUUGUCAAAUUUCUCCAGGAUACACUUGAUGCUCUGUUCAACAUCAUGAUGGAGACUUCAGAGAAAGACACAUAUGACAGUCUGGUGUUCAAUGCUUUGGUAUUUGUCAUCUCACUCAUUGGCGACAUCAAAUUCCAGCACUUCAACCCAGUACUUGAAACCUACAUCAACAGGCACUUCAGUGCCACACUGGCCUACAUGAAGCUAACGGGGGUGCUUAACUACUAUGUGGCCCAUGCUGAAGAGCCUGUCCUGACUGAGAGACUCUAUGCAGCACUCAAAACUCUCAAGUACUUGUUCAGGUUUAUUGUACAGUCCCGGAUCCUGUAUCUGAGAUUUUAUGGGAACAGUGAAGAUGGGGAUGCUUUCUUCAACUCCAUUCGCACCCUUUUCCUGUCUUUCAAUACUCUUAUGGACAGACCCCUAGAUGAGGGGGUGAAGAUAAAGGGGGCAAUAUUGAAAUACCUCCCCAACAUCAUUAAUGACAUCCAGACUGUGUUUGAUCCCGUGGAGCUGAGCGUUCUACUAGCGAAGUUCAUUGAGAGCAUUCCCGACUCUCAGCUCGUGCGUCAGAAGCUCGGCUGCAUGUGUAAAAUGGUGGAGAGUGACCUUUUCAAGCAUCCAGAUUGCCGAGAUGUGCUGCUGCCACUUGUGACUGACCAGCUCAGUGGCCAGUUGGACGACCACUCUAGUAAACCUGAUCACGAGGCCUGCGUCCAGCUGCUCGGCACAGUGUUGGACAGUCUGGGCCGCAAGGAUGUGGGUCCAACCAGAGGUCACGUACAGCUGAUAAUGGAGCGGCUCCUUCGCAGGGUUAAUCGCACCGUCAUCAGCAUGGACAGGAGCUCUCCUCUCAUUGGCCACUAUCUUGCCUGCAUGACGGCGAUCCUGAAGCAAAUGGAUGACAUGCAUUAUGCCCACUACAUCAGCACCUUUAAGACAAGACAGGAUAUCAUUGAUUUCCUCAUGGAGACAUUCAUCAUGUUUAAGGACCUCAUGGGAAACAUCUUCCCUGCUGACUGGGUGAUCAUGAACCUGGUGCAGAUGCAGGUCUUCCUGAGGGCCAUUAACCAGUACUCGGAUGUUCUCAACAUGUAUUUCCUGGACCAGGCGCAUUUUGAACUACAGCUAUGGAAUAACUACUUUCAUUUGACUGUGGCGUUUCUUACUCACAAGACACUGCAGCUGGAAUCUUUCUCUCAGGAGAAACGAAAUAAGAUACUGAACAAAUAUGGGGACAUGAGGAAGGCUAUUGGAUUCAGGAUCAGAGAUAUGUGGUACAAUCUUGGCCCCCACAAAAUGAAGUUCAUCCCAGAUAUGGUAGGGCCCAUACUGGAGGUCACACUGGUGCCACAGCCUGAACUGAGAAAAGCCACCAUACCCAUCUUCUUUGAUAUGAUGCAGUGUGAGCACAACUUCAGCCCCGGGCGCACAUUUGAAAAGUUUGAGAACGAGCUGAUAAAAAAAUUAGAUCAAGCGGUAGAAGGAGGCCAAGGGGAUGAGCAGUACAAAGUCCUGCUGGAGAAAACGCUGCUGGACCACUGCAGACGUCACAGAUACCUGUCCCAGCCCGUGGAGGAGCUGGCUCUGCUGCUGAGCAGCCUGCUCGAGAAUCUCCUGGCGUACCGCACCAUCACACACGAUGAAAGCCUCGUGCACCGUAUGAGCUGCACCGUCAACGUGCUGAAUUUCUACAAAGAAAAGAAGAGAGAGGACAUUUACAUUCGAUACUUGUACAAGCUGCGGGACCUGCAUCUAGACUGUGAGAACUACACCGAGGCAGCAUACACUCUGCUACUACACGCUGAAUUAUUGGAGUGGUCUGACAAGCCCUGUGCACCUCAUCUGAUACAUGGAGAUGGGGGGCAAGUGUUGAGCCAACAGGAGCUCAAAGAGAGGCUUUUCCAUGAAAUCAUAUGUUACCUAGACAAGGGCAAGAUGUGGGAAAAGGCCAUUGAGAUGGACAAGCAGCUGGCCAAGAUGCAUGAGAGCUACAUGUUUGAUUUCAUGGAGCUGAGCCAGCUGUUGAAAACACAAGCCCAGUUCUAUGAAAAUAUAAUGCAUGCCAUGCGGCCUCAGCCGGAGUACUUUGCUGUCGGUUAUUAUGGUCUUGGAUUCCCUUCCUUCCUCAGGAACAAGAUGUUCAUCUUUAGAGGCAAAGAGUAUGAGUGGCUCGAAGACUUCAGCUUAAAGCUGCUGUCUCAGUUCCCAAACGCGGUCCGGAUGACCAGCACAGCGCCCCCUGGAGACGACAUAAUCAACUCCUCUGGACAGUACAUCCAGUCCUUUACUGUGAAGCCUGUUCUAACUUUUCCGCACCAGUUCAAAGACAAAGGUGUUCCAGAGCAGAUAUUAAACUAUUACCGAACCAAUGAAGUGGACCAGUUCCAGUAUUCCAGGCCCUUUAGGAAAGGCGAAAAGGAUCCAGACAAUGAAUUUGCAACCAUGUGGAUUGAGCGAACAACUUACAUUACUGCCUAUCGCUUCCCAGGGAUUCUGAAAUGGUUUGAAGUUAAAUCUGCCUCAGUGGAAGAGAUCAGUCCUUUGCAGAACGCCAUAGAAGCCAUGGAGAUGGCCAAUGAGAAGCUGAGUAACCUCGUGCAGAAGCAAGCGUGCGAUCGUUCGCUUUCUGUCAACCCGCUGUCCAUGAUGCUCAGCGGCAUCGUUGACCCGGCCGUCAUGGGUGGAUUCUCCAACUAUGAGAAGGCGUUCUUUACAGACACCUACAUCCAAAAGCACCCAGAAGACCGACAGCGAAUUGGGGUCCUUAAACACCUCAUCGCCCUUCAGAUCCCUCUCUUGGCAGAUGGGAUUCGCAUCCACGGGGAGAAGACGACAGAACAGCUGAAGCCCCUGCACAACCGUCUGGUGACUUGCUUCCAAGACCUUCGGGAGAAAGUGGAGAAGCAUUAUGGCGUCAUAACCUUGCCUUGCUCCCUGACUGAGAAGAAGAAGAGUCGCGUGGGCUCCAUGGUGAUGCCCUACAUCCUGUCCUCUACUCUGCAUCGCAUGUCCACCAUGUCCACCCUCUCCGUCGCCUCCUCAGACCUCUCCAGCGGCUCCGCGUCGUCAGAAGGGUACUCCUCCAUGUCAUCCCAAGAGUCCUUGUCGUCCCGUCCCGGCGAUCGCAGGGCCUCCGUGCUGUCCCACUCUGAGGAGGACAACAGGAUUGCUAGAAAGAACAGGAAAGAGUGGAGUGUGAGCAAAUCUCAGGUUUUAAUGGAGAGGCAGUCGGACACAGAUGUGACGCCUCCAGAGAAGCAGCCGAGGCCAAAGAGUUUACAGCUGGGGGACCGGCGGCUUACCCUCUCUCUGUUCCAGGGCGCUGCAGCCCAACUCACUCUGUCUAACCCCCUCAGCCCUCUACCUGCCACUCCACAGCCCCUACACACACCACGCAGCUCCAGUUAUUCAUCGCUUUUCAGCGACAAUGAUGCCAGUAGCGCUGACACCCCAGGGACCCCCCCACCUAUGCCUCCGAAGAAACACCCGCAUGAGACUGACAACGCCAGGAUCUCGUCUGAGUUCACUCCUCCGCUACCAGUAAAAACUGAGAGCAAGCCUCCCCCACCUCCCCCGAAAACACGGAAGUCUAUGUUCCCCUCGUAAGAGCACACCUCCCGUUAAGGCUUCACAUGUUCACAGACCUUGAAGUUUCCCUAUUCAUCUAACAUGUCUAUGAUAAAAUUGCAGUUUACUAAUUUGAGGUAUGUUGGGCACAUUAACAGGACCAGAUUAUGUCUUAUGUAUUGUACUAAUAAUUGUAAACAAUCCUUUGCUCUCCUGUUUUACCUCGUGUUUUUUCAUUAAUGUGGUAGGAGACAUAUGUAUAGGGUUGCUGUCAUUGGAUUGCUGUGCAAAGAACAGCUAAUACACGAGUAAAACCUUUGCUUUAGGCGGCGUCUUUGACGAGCUAGUCGUCAGUUUGCUUUGCUCUUUUCUUGCAUAGAACUUGUUGCAGAAGCUUUAUCAUUCACAGGGAAAACAAAUGACCAAUGCUGCAAUGUAAUACUUAACUUUUACAUGUUGGAGUGACACUGGACGACCCACAGCUGUUUACCAGCGUUUUUUUAUUAAGACAGGAAAUUGUGUUCAAACUCGAUGGAGUUGAAAUGAUUUUGAUGUUGGUACUAUUCUGCUCACCCUCUAAUAUUUUGCAGAAACACUGGAUGGAAUUUUUGAAUGUGGUACGUGGAUGCUGAUUAAUUGAAUACUGUAACAGAUGCUUCCAAACUGCAUCAUGCUGGUGUUGGUGUUCAGGAGAAAGUUCACCUUAAAGUCAUCCUUAGAGCAUUUGGGACAGCAGACUCGGUGCAGCUUAAGGACGGGAACCAGAACAAGCAGCUUGUCCUGCUGUUUUCUUUUGUUUGCCGUCUGUGCGCUCUGUCAGUGUUAACGCCGAUAACUGGCUGUCACGUCUAGCUGCAUACAGACAUGAGCGGUUGUCAGUCUUCCCACAUAAGCCUUGCCGAGGCAGUAAAUAAGCAGAGUUUCCAAAUUUUCAACCUUUGAAAGAGCCCUAAAUGCUGAACGGUACAAGCACCAGUGCCUUCUGAAGUUGUGUCUGUAGGUGUUGGUAGAGUUUGUUAUUUUAUCAGUUCACUGAGAUUUAAAUUAUUGCUGUUCAUUGAAUUUUAAUAUUUCUGUUGUUUGCACACGCCCUGUGCACAGAAAAUACUUUAUUUUUACAUGAAUGAUUACAUCUUAUUCUUCUAGCGUGCACUGUCUAGAUUACACUGUAUUGCUCAGGAAGCAGCAAUACAUCACACGUGCCUAGUGCUAAGUCUAUGCAUGUCAGAGCUUUCAAACAUUAUCAAAUUGAACUGAUAUUUAAUUGUCAGUAUUUUGUUUAUUUUUUUGAUUGCCAUUUCUGUACAGAUCAUGUUGCUAACAAGAAUCAAAGAAUUUUAUACAAGCCUCGAGAGAUAAACAAAUAAUCUUUUUUAUGAGUAAACCGUUGUUGACUGAACAAAAAUAAAGACCUGUUGAAAGAUCA